CUCACUCCCACUUUCAAUUCUCCAAAUCCAAGUUGAAGGUGACAGUCUUUCAUCCCUUGAGUUGCUGUCCCUGUCGCCGCUUGUCGCUGAAUUGCUACCACUGUCUCCGGUAAAAUACAGAGCAGCUAUGUCGGUGUUUUCUGAGGUCCCACAAGCAGCUCCUGUAGCUGUCUUCAAGCUAUCCCAGGACUUCUCUAACGACCAAUUUCCCCAAAAGGUGAACCUCGGAGUGGGAGCCUACCGGACAGAUGAAGGCCAGCCGUGGGUUUUGCCAGUGGUGAAGAAGGUCGAAAAGAUCAUUGUGCAUGACGACGGGCUAAACCAUGAGUAUCUGCCCAUCCUCGGCCUGCCUGAGUUCAGAUCCUCAGCCUCCAAGAUAGCACUGGGAGAUGACAGCCCUGCCAUCCAGGAGAACAGGGUGGGUGCUGUCCAGUGUCUGGGUGGUACUGGUGCUUUGAAGAUGGGUGCAGAGUUUCUCAGGCGUUUCUACAAUGGCAACAACAACACCAAAACACCUGUCUAUGUGUCUGCACCUACCUGGGAAAAUCACAACGCUGUAUUCACCAAUGCUGGCUUCGAAGAUGUCCGUCCAUACAAGUACUGGGACGCAGAGAAGAGAGGACUUGAUUUGGCUGGUUUCCUUGGUGACUUGGAGAGUUGUCCAGAGCACUCCAUCUUUGUCCUGCAUGCCUGUGCCCAUAAUCCAACCGGCACAGACCCCACACAGGAUCAGUGGAUGCAGAUCGCUGACGUUAUGAUGAGGAGGAAGCUCUUUGUGUUCUUUGACUCGGCUUAUCAGGGAUUUGCCUCAGGCAGUCUGGAGAAAGAUGCCUGGGCAGUACGCUACUUUGUCUCCAUGGGCUUUGAAAUGUUCUGCGCCCAGUCGUUCUCCAAGAACUUUGGCCUCUACAAUGAGCGUGUGGGCAACCUAACCGUCGUGGCUCGUGAUGCAGAUAACCUGAAGCGAAUUAUGUCCCAGAUGGAGAAGAUUGUCAGGACCACUUGGUCCAACCCACCAUCUCAGGGAGCACGCAUUGUCGCCAUCACUCUGAACUCACCGGAGCUCUUUACUGAAUGGAAGGACAAUGUGAAGACCAUGGCUGACAGAGUCUUGUUGAUGAGGGCUCAGCUCAAAGCUAAACUCCAAGCUCUGGGGACACCAGGGACCUGGGACCACAUCACAGAGCAGAUCGGCAUGUUCAGCUUCACAGGACUGAACCCCAAACAAGUGGAAUUUAUGGUGAAGGAGAAACACAUCUACCUAAUGGCCAGUGGUCGUAUCAAUAUGUGCGGUCUCACCACCAAGAACAUAAAUUACGUGGCCGAGUCCAUCCAUGAGGCCGUCACCAGCGUGCAGUAGAUGACAGCACUUCCAUCUGCCCGGCCGUGAGCCGCCUUAUUCCAGAGAAAGUGUUUGUGUCUGGCAGAUUUCCUGGAGAAAACACAAACUCUAAUUUGCACAAACAUACAAGACAGCUCUGUUUCCCCUUCCUCUCAGUGUUUACACUAAGCUAAAUUAGCAUCCUGGACCUAUUACUAUGUGGAUGCACAGAGAUGAUCAAGAUAUUAAUCUUCUCAUCUGAGACAGCAGGUAUGAGAAUUAUUACUUUCAGUAAUUGUGUUUUUAGAACUUGUCCCUCUGUUUACUUCGUGUAGUUAAUGAUUAGUGUUUGUGUCACUAUCAGGACCUUUUUAAAGAGCUUCGUACAUCUGUGACAGUGUAACAAUUAUCUCAGCAGUGCCGCCUCUAAUGUCUAAAAAUGUUUAAAAAUCACACUGUUAUGAUUCUUCCAUUCCAAGUUUUAAUAACACAAUUCCAAUUUUUUUAGCCGGCAGUAAUUAGCUUGUAUGAUCUGCAGUUGUUAAGAGCACUUGAAUAAUAUUAACAUAACCAAACUCACUCGAUGUAGCUUUAAUCUUGAAGCAAUUGUAGUACAUGUAAGUAUGUAUCCUCCUCUAUCAUGAAUGAAUUAGCAGUUUUGCUGGAUGCACUGUGAACAAGAGGGGAGUGUUCUCAGGUAGAUAUUUUUAACUAUGUAAUUUAUUAAUGAUACUGUCUUCUACCCAGCGGGGUUAUACUAAUUACCUCAUAUUUAAUCUGUAUUAAUGCGGAACAAAUGGCACUGAGCUGUCUAAACCGGUGACUCCAGAUUUUCCGGUUCUGUCAGGUACCUGCCAGGUAUAUGGUGUGUUUGCACAGUUUACUGCACUCUUAUGUAAGACCCUCAUAUCAGUGGCACAAACACACUAAUGAUCAACCAGUUUGCUAUCGUUAUCGCUGUGCACAGCGUAUCGAUAAAGCAGUUGUACUGUUGAGGAAAUGAAUUCAAGUUGAAAAUGUCCUUGCCGACAGUCUGAGGUGAACUAACUACUCUAAUAAAGAACUAUAAACAGUA